CUCUGUGACUUUCUUUUUUUCCUUUCAACCACUUUCGACCACGGUAUAAUGACUCUUUGCGACUACGGACCAGAAGCAAUCAGUCUUAUAGUGCCAGAACAUUAGAACACCUUGACGACAACCGAUAGAGCGGCCCGAACGACUCACGAAAUUCAAGCUUUUUUCAAUUGACGAAGGAGCCCUAGCACGGUUAGCGUAAUAAAGCCACAUGUCAGAAAACGAAAGCGAUGACUGCCGAUUUGAAGAGUCUGAGGUGGAGGUUAUCAAGGAAGGAAAUCGGGCGGAGCUCAACGGAGCGAGUGGUUUCGUGGACAGCUUCGAAGACAUGAACCUCAAACCGGAAAUACUUUGUGGAAUAUACGCUUAUGGAUUCAAACGGCCAUCUCUCAUUCACCAACGAGUCGUUCCUCCUGUUAUCAAUGACCGUAACUUGAUUGCUCGAGUACAAGCAGGUGUGGAAAGAACGACUGCUUUCGUGAUUCCGAUUUUCCAGAAGCUCGACAUAUCGGCUCAAAGUACCCAAGCUCUGAUCAUAUUACCCAAUCGUUUCCGCAUUCGAAAGGUCCAGGAGGUGAUUGUUGGUCUUGGGAACGAUUUUAUGAAUGUAGUAUCGCUUGCAUUUGUGGGGAAUGGGGAUCUAAGGGAGCAGUUCGCAAAGCUCAGGGAAGGCGUCCACGUAGUCAUUGCUACUCCUGGACGGAUUUGGGAUUUGAUGAACCGACGCGUAUUGAAUAUGGACGCUAUCAAGAUUGUGUGCAUUGACGAAUUAGACGACAUUCUCAUCCAUGAUUUCAAGGAACCCUUAUGUGAAGUCCUCGAGCGUCUCCCAAAGGAUCCUGUCACCCAACUUGUCUUCUUUUCGCAUACUACUCCCACGGAGGUUCUGGAACUUGUCUAUAAAUUCAUGGAAGAUCCGAUAAUGGUUGACGUGAAGAUAAAUGAGAUCGACGGCGAUGAGGAAAGGGGAGAUUGAUUCAUGGUGUUAUCUACGCCGACGAGCAUUGCUUAUCGAUGCUACUAGUCCAGGCUUAGGUUACCCUUAAUGCCACCCGAUUGUUGACAUCACAAACAAAACCGUUGUCAAUAACAGUAAUUCCGACUACAAAAGCGAACGAACA